AUGUCAACUUUUUCCAAGACAAACUUUAAAACAGUAAACUAUAACUCCUUUCGUCCUCAAUAUCCGCCAUCUUUCUAUAAUAUAUUGGGUCGCUAUGUUCAAAAGGGCGUUUUUCAACAUCAAUUACCUGUUGAACGAGCAAUUGAUUUGGGUUGUGGUACCGGUGUUGCCACGUAUCCAUUAUUGAACUUGGCGAAACGAGUAAUUGGUUUAGACUUGUCACCGAAAAUGAUUGAAACAGCUAAUUCUCUUGUUGGUAAAAGAUUAGCGGAAUUAGGUGUUAACGAAACUGGCGCCGAAACUGGAGCUGGAUCUGAUGACAAAACAGAUUCUGUAUCCAACGCUUUACCAGUUGUUUUUAAAGUUGGUGCAGUUGAGGAUUUCAUCAACAAACAGGAAAGUGGAAUUACAGAGGAGUCUGUUGAUUUGAUCACAGCUGCAGAAUGUAUCCAUUGGUUUAAGGACUAUAAGCUGUUUUUCCAAAGCAGUGCUCAAUUAUUGAAAAAAGGUGGAACUUUAGCCUACUUCUUUUAUGUUGAUCCCAUGAUUGUUAAUUUUACUGGUUGUUCGAGGACAGAUUUUAGCAAGAAGGAUAUUCUCGAGAAAGCGCUCCAUAUUUACAAGAAAUUUGCUUAUGAGGAUCUAAACUAUAUAGGACCAUACUGGGAACAGCCAGGUAGAAGCAUUUUGCAGAAUUUUUGUGUCGAUGCCAACGCUAAGAUUCCUCGUGAUUUGUAUGAGGAUAUUGAAAUUCACACUUUCAAGACAAGUUUUGAUAAUCUGAGAGCUAAUGAGAAAAGUGAUUUGGAUUUAGCAAGAUUGAAUAUCAGCUUGAGUGAUUAUAUUGACUAUUUUGAAACGUAUAGUGGGUUCCACAGCUAUGUAGAGCAUACUGGUAAUGCUGAUUUAUUAAGCAAACAAUUCUUAAAUGAGCUUUUAGAAGCUACUGGUUGGGACUUGAAUGAAACCAAAAUUGAUCUCGUUUGGAAUACAGGUUAUACAUUUUUGAGAAAAAAGUAA